CGCCACCUGCACCUGCUACAAAUGGUGAAAAUCCCCCUUUAUUUAAAGUUCAAAGAUUUUUUCAUGAUUUCGCAACAUUUUUUGUAUAGUAGAACGAAACGACAAAGAGAAAAUUAAAAAUGUUAAAUAAUAGAGAAAUUAUAAAAAUGUGUGAAGUCUUAGCUGAGCAAGAAAAUUUGCGAGUUACAAUAAAUGAAUCUAUAAAAUGUGGAUUUUAUGCUGGAUGUGGUGCACUAGUAGGAGGAAUAUUUGGAGGGCCCAUUGGAGUAGCAUUAGGAGGAAGUUUAGCCUCUAUAACAUCAGCUUGGAUGUCAAAACACAAAUUUAAGUCUGUUGUAGAAAUAAUUAGAGAAGAUUUGACUCCCGCUCAAAAAAGGACCUUAACUGAAAAUAUGUCAAGAGCAUUAGCAAAUAUCAAACCAGAAGAUUAUGUUCAAUUGGCGACCUUAGUUUUAACCAGCGCCUCUCUAAAGGAAGUCGUUAUGAAGGAGCUUUGCGGAUUUUUAUUGAAAGAACUUAAUUUACGUAUGGUGCAAUAAGAGUUGUUUUUCUAAUUUGGUUUUUGUACUUUGUUAAUAGUUUAGUAGGUGAUUUACCAGUACGAUUAAAAAAAAUGGUAUUAUGUCAAUUGUCUGAAUCUCUUAUGUGAUAUUAUAAAUAUAUUUUUU